GUUCCUUCCUCAUCUAGCGCAUCAGAACCAUGCCCCUGAAUACCUUCGCAUUGAGUCUGGCCCUCACUCCGACCGUCCUCCAGACCCUGAUCUCUCAUUACCUCCACCGCAAAUCUCUCCACCACAAACCAAACGUCCACAUCUCCUACGAUGAAAGCAUCCGCAUUUUACGCGAGUUCCUCAUCUACGCCUCCAAGCAUAGUCUAGAAGACCUCCAAACCUUCACCUGCCAGCGGGUGCCCGCGCCGCAUUGGGUGAAGCUCGAAACCGUGACCGUGCCGGAGGACUGUCUACUCGGCGCAGCUGAUGCGAUCAACAAGCAGCUCGGCUCGAAGGGCGUCGCCCGCGUCGGCGGCAAAGAGUGGUGGCAGUGGCGCGGCCCCGCGGAGGACUUGAAGGCGGAAUGGAUCGAGAUGAAGGAGGACUACAACGAGCGGAAGCGCACAGAUCGCGACCACCCCAGCCAGAAGCGCAUCAUGCUGUACAUCCAUGGCGGGGCGUACUUUUUUGGCAGCUUGGAUACACAUCGGUAUCAGAUGCAGCGCCAUGCGCGGAAGUUGAAGGGGAGGGUCUUUGCACCUAAAUAUCGCCUGGCGCCGCAAUUCCCCUUUCCUUGUGGAAUGCAGGAUUCACUGGCAGCCUACCUGUUCUUGUUAAAAGAGCAUAAGCCCGAGGAAAUCCUCUUCGCCGGUGACUCUGCCGGAGGAGGUCUGGUUCUCUCGUAAGUUUGAGGUCCGGUCAAUCCUGCAAGCUGCAGCUAACGGCCGAAGUAUGCUGGUUCUCCUACGCGACCAAGGGCUUCCUCUGCCGGCGGGGGCUAUCUUGAUUUCACCCUGGGUGGACUUGACCCAUUCAUUCCCUAGCAUCGUCAAAGACAACCC